GUAAAACCUUGCAAUCAAAUUUGCUUGAUCUUUUUGCAUGUGGCAGGCGUUGGAAGGGGCUCGGUGAAUAGUAAAAGUUGUGCUCGCUUGUACCUUCAGGUAUAUAUUGCUUGAAUAUGAAUAAUUCGAAAAUGAUUUGAGACCAGAGCAUGAACUUCUUUCUUUAGCACAUCACGUCCUUUCGCAAAGCAUCUAGACCACAUUAUGAGCCAAAGAUCGGAUGUCACUCUUCCAGCCAUCCCCCUUGAUCUUUGGAGUCACAAGAGAAGCAUCACAAUUCACUGGACCAUCAUCCUUAUUGCGAACUGUAUCUUACCAAUCGCCCUCUAUUUCUCCCUUAAAAAACAUACUUCAUUGCACACGGAAUUGAUUUUAUCUAUAAUUCUACCCAUUAUUGGAUUACCUGCCUUGGCAACCUUGUUUAAGCGGUUCCUCAGACUUUAUCGGAAUGAAGAUGCCAGACCUACUACGUCGAGGAGUCGAUGGGCAUUUGAUUUUUUCCAAUGGAACUUCACUGUCGGCGUGGUAUACAUCACCAUAGUGCUUGUUCUAGGCAGUACCAGUGCAAACGUCCGGCUCGUCGCUCUUAUGAUUCCCCUCUCUAUCCUACAGACUUGUACUCAGUUGGUGUUGACCGAAGUUCUGUUCAUUGCGAAACUCGCCAUUCCGUUCCCAUUGUCAUCAUUCGAAGCUGGAUCUCGCUUUCCUCCUGGAGUUAUCGUCAUUGCGGAAGAUAUUUGUGCUGUUGAUGGUGCUUGCGGUAGACAAUUUCGGUCUGCACUUGUACGUCGUAUUGCUUCUAGCCCUGCGCUUGAGAACGUGUCUCGUCAGUUGGAUUGGAUGUGGGGGGUUUCUGGACUUCUGGUCGCUGGCACACUGCUUGCGGUCAUAUUUGGCGCAGAGAAUCCGGAGAUUGGGUAUGCAUUGUGUAAGUUAUCUCGCACAUCACCUUUUUGACUUUGGUGAGCGAAUGUUGGACUGACGAUCGUGGUGUGUUCGAAAGCUUUUACGGUGCCUUGGGCCUGGGCUGCUAUCUUGUCCAUUAUUACAGUCGUCCUUGUACGGCGCGCGUUGAACCUCGAAGCAACAGUCCAGGAUUGCGAUACAACCGGCAAUGGGAGACCAGAACUUGGAGAAG